ACAAGUUAUUUGAUUUGGCAAAAUAUUUAUGAAUUGGUGUUCAGUGUACAAAUAAAUAGUUCAAGAAUUGCGAUCAUAUUUUGAGCCACAUUUGCCGCAAGUAAUACUGAUUGCCAUUAAUUGUCACACAAUGGGAAACAAGGAUUUGGUUAAAUUAUGUGUCAUUUGUGGCGAUCGAGCGACUGGCUAUAAUUUCAACGCUGUCUGCUGUGAGUCGUGUAAAGCCUUCUUCAGGAGGAAUGCCUCCAAAUAUGAGGCAUUCAAAUGUCACUUCGAGAACAACUGCCGAAUCGAUUUGGUUUCGCGAAAGUUCUGCAAAAAGUGUCGAAUGAAGAAGUGUUUCGACUUAGGCAUGAAAAAGGAGUGGAUCCUAAACGACGAGCAGAAGAGUAUCCGUCGCAACAAAAUCGAAGAAAACCGGCGAAAGAGGAAAAGUUCAGGCGAUGGCGAAACCGAUUCGUCGCCCAAAUCGAUGGACACAAACUCAUCGCACGACUCCUCGGACCACAAGAGCGAGAAAAGCAAUUCGGAUGCGCCGGACGGUGAGACCAAAGCGGCGUCCAUUGCCAUACCGGAGUCGGUGUACGCAAAGACAGCCGAGUUUGAGAUGUCUCUCAUACCGAUCGCCCGACCCGUCACCGACUUGACCGACAAGUUCAACGAUCUGGAGAUGACUCGAUUGGCGGAACUGCUAAACGCCACCCACAUCUUGAAAUCGCCAGUGGUUCCCAUCACCUCCGAGGCCAUGACUAUGGAUGACGGCUGUAAUGUGUGGCGAUAUAAGUGCGAGCAGGAGAUCCUCAAGAUUAUCAAAAUGUCCAAAUGCUUGGACUCGUUCCAGAAGCUCUGCGAGAAUGACCAAAUAGCCCUGGUCAAGUAUGGCUCCAUUGAGAUCUAUUGCCUCAGACUUACGCUUCAUUAUAACUUUGACAAAGAGUACUGGACUCUAGUCACUAAACCGAAAGCAAUUAAAAACCUAGAUGAGAUCAUUGGGAUAAGUAGUCCUGAUUCAACAAGUGAUCCGAGUCCUCUGUCGUCCAAUGAUGUCAUAGCAAAGAACAUGGAUAUUGAGAAAUAUAUAGAUGAUAGUGAAAAGUUUGCCAAAGAACAUGAAAUCUCAUUGAUACCGGUGUUGAGACAAUUAAGUGUUAACCAAAACUUUAAUGAUUUGGAGUACAAACGAUUCUCUGAAUUACUAAACGCUGCAAAUGUUUUGAAGACACCAUUGAAUGAAAUGUCGUCCAAAAUCAAGUGUUUAGGUGACGCACAAAGAGUAAUGCGGUUUGUGUUGGACAGGGAUAUCAAGAAUAUAAUUGCAUUCACCAAGAAUUUGAAAGGAUUUGAAAUGCUCUGUGAGGGCGACCAGAUAUCCUUGAUUAAAUACGGGUGCAUUGAUUUGCUUUAUAUGCGAUCAGUAUUAAAGUAUAAUUAUGACAAUCAGUAUUGGAAUCUGUAUAUUGACAAUAAGACAUCAGUAAAAUUGGAUUUAGAGAUAUUAAGAGGUGGACAGAGGAAUAUAUACGGCGCUCAUAAAACUUAUUUGCAACAAAUUGGCCGCGAAUGGGACAGGGAUUCAAUUAUUAUUGAUUUGCUAACAAGUAUUGUCUUAUUCAACCCUAACCGUCCAAAUCUAGAGCACCCGGAUAUUGUUAAAUUACAGCAAUACAUAUACCUGUAUUUACUUCAACGCUACCUAACAGUGAAAUAUCAGUCGGAUUCGGUGCUGAGAACCAAAUUUUCGCGUUUAAUGAGUGUUUUGAGUGACGUUUACUUUUUGGGUGAGACCCAGAUGCAAAUAGUGGCCGAUAGGAGUCCAGUUGCCGAUUGUUCACCACUUCUGAAGGAAGUGUUUAAUAUGAAGGGCCAAUAA